CCACCCAACUCGCAAACAUGGCUGCGACUAACGAGACCCCCACUUCGGAGGAGGUGUGCAUUGGCAUCGACCUCGGUACCACCUACUCUUGCGUCGGUGUCUGGCAGAACGACCGCGUGGAGAUCAUCGCCAAUGAGCAGGGCGACCGGACGACGCCGUCGUGCGUGGCGUUCACCUCAGAGGGCCGUCUUGUGGGCAAGGCUGCGGCGAACCAGGCCGGCAUGAACCCGACGAACACGGUCUUUGACGCCAAGCGUCUCAUCGGUCGUCUUGUGGACGACGCGGUGAUCAAGCAGGAUCUCGAGCACUGGGCGUUCAAGGUUGUGGGCAACUCGGAUCACAAGCCGCUGAUUGAGGUCGCCGACGCCGGCGAGGACAAGCAGUUCACGCCUGAGGAGAUCUCGUCGAUGGUGCUGAUGAAGAUGAAGGAGACCGCCGAGGCGUACCUCGGCAAGGCGGUGACGUCUGCUGUGAUCACGGUGCCUGCGUACUUUAACGACUCGCAGCGUCGGGCGACGCAGGAUGCUGGUGUCAUUGCUGGCCUCAAGGUCCUCCGGAUCAUCAACGAGCCGACGGCGGCGGCCAUCGCGUACGGCCUCGACAAGUCGGCAGAGAAGGGCUCGAAGAACGUGCUCAUCUUUGACCUUGGUGGCGGUACCUUUGAUGUCUCGCUCCUCAACAUCAACAACGGCAUCUUCUCGGUGCUCGCCACGGCCGGUGACACCCACCUCGGCGGUGAGGACUUUGACAACAACAUGGUGGCGCACUGCCAGGCCAUCCUGACCAAGAAGCACUCGAAGGACAUCUCGGGCAACCCGCGCGCCCUGCGCCGCCUGCGCACCGCCUGCGAGCGCGCGAAGCGCGCUCUCUCGGCCUCGACCUCUGCGGUCAUUGAUGUCGAGUCGCUUGUCGACGGCAUUGACUUCCGGACCAAGGUCUCGCGUGCCAAGUUUGAGGCUAUGAACGAGUCGCUCUUCCAGGCUUGCCUCGAGCCGGUCGGCCGCGUCCUCGCCGACGCUGGCAUGGCCAAGGGUGAGGUUACCGACGUUGUGCUUGUCGGUGGCUCGACCCGCAUCCCCAAGAUCCAGGAGAUGCUCCGCGACUUCUUUGGCGGCAAGGAACUGAACCAGUCGAUCAACCCCGACGAGGCUGUCGCCUACGGUGCCGCCGUCCAGGCCGCCAUCAUCACCGGCCAGUCGACCGGCGCCUCCAAGGAUCUCCUCCUCCUCGACGUGACCCCGCUCUCGCUUGGCGUCGACACCAUCGGCGGUGUCAUGAACGUCGUCAUUCCGCGGAACACCAAGAUCCCGUGCAAGAAGGAGGACUUUUCACCACCACCGAGGACGGCCAGACCGAGGUUGACUUUGACAUCUACGAGGGCGAGCGCCCGCACGUCGACUCGAACAACAAGCUCGGCGGCUUUGCCCUCCGCGGCAUCCCGCCCAUGAAGCGCGGCGAGGCCAAGCUCACCGUCACCAUGUCCAUCGACGCCAACGGCAUCCUCACCGUCGAGGCCGUCGACAACGCCUCGGGCAACCGCGCCGACGUCGUCAUCAACAACUCGGCCGGCCGCCUCUCGCAGACCGACAUCGACCGCAUGGUCGCCGAGGCCCAGCGCCACCGCCAUGAGGACGCCCGCAUCCGCAAGGCCCAGAAGCUCCGUUCCGAGCUCGAGGAGUUUGCCCAUGCCGCCCGCGACGCCAUCGAGGCCCUCGUCGACGAGCGCAUCCGCGUUCCCGAGGCCUCCGUCGACGCCGUCGACGAGGCCGUCAACGCCGCCCUCGAGUGGCUCGACGAGAACCCGACCGCCGACCCUGACGAGAUCACCGCCGCCCACAAGGCCCUCGACGAUGUCUACAAGCCCGUCUACACCGCCGGCCUCCGCGAGAAGCGCAAGAAGAUGCGGAAGGUUGCCGAGCGCGAGAAGGCCAACAGCCGCCGCCGUUAACGUAAAAACAACAACAUGCAUG